AUGGCGAUGACACGCAACAUGACCCAAAUGCGUCUAUUUCGACUGCCUCCUGAAGUCAUUUUACUCAUAACGGAAGAUGAUUCUCUUAAGUGGGAAGAUCUUCGCAGACUUCGCCAUGUAUGUUCUUUCUUCUUCCACCAUCUGGGUAGGCGAGUUCUCAAGUUUGGAGACUUUUUCUUCUUCCGCAACGCAUGCUCGCAUGCCAACGUGGAUAUAUUGAUCGAGUGUCUGGAUGAAAACGCCACUCCAACUAAUACCUCUUGGAAAAGUCCUCAUCCCUCAGCAGGUGACUAUGUAGUCAAUGGAUUCCGGACUGGGAACGUUUCUGUUGAACAAUUCAAGCAUACCUGGCAGUGGUUGUCAGACCACGGAUUCGAGCUUAGCUACUCGAAAGAUGUUACCGGUGAUGUUCCCGAACAUCAUCGCCCUUUCUCUGCGGAUCUACUGUACAUGGUAUGGGAUGCCACUGAGGCUAAACAUCUUCAAGCAACUUGCGAUAUCAUCCACUUCGUCGUCGAUAAGGGUAUGAUGUUUCCAAGGUAUCUGAGCUUCUCGUUCGAGGCAACCGGGGACCCAAUAUGUAGAGGUUUGAUACAAUUUAUGCUAGCUGCUCAUUGCCCGGCUUCCAUCUUGAAGCUGUUCUUGAAGCAGCUCCAUGGCCAAGGCUUAACCUUGAAGAGUCCCGUCAACAGUCAGAUCUAUGAGCGUGAAACUACGGAGACCUACACGUUCCUGUGGGAAAUGUAUAGAUACAUUUUCGACUCGCUUCCCCCUUGGUCGUCAGGGAAUCAGGACACUCCCAGAGUGCUACUAAGGCUAGAGGAUCCCAAUGGAAUAGCAGACAAUUUCGGAGACAAGGUCAAGGCGCUGAUCGAAUACAACUCUGUCGACGAUGGCGAAGCACGGGUCUGGACAGAUGUUUGGAGAAGUCUUGAGAAGAUGGCGCGCAAAAGAAUCGAACAAGGCAGCCUCGAUUUUGACCAAGACGGGGUCUGGUUUUGGUACGAACUCAACAUGUCAAUUGCGUAUCUCGCUACCGAUCGGACAGUCCUUGAAGGUAGGGCUCGCGAUAGUCAGGAUGACCCUAUUCAUGUAUUCAAAAUCCAAAACGAAGGUUGGCACCCCCCAGAAAGAUUGGGCUUCAUACGAAUGCGGUUUGCCGAAGAGAGAGGGACAAUUGACCCUUCAAAAUUGGAGGACCGAAGUAUAGGUGACUGGUGGAACAUGCCCCUUUGCGACUGGGACUUUCUUGUCCCAGAACACAAAAUUGACUCCAAGGGUUGGCUUGAGCAUAGGGCAGCUGAAGAUGACAUAUUGAGAAUGAGGGGUGCGUUGGUGGAAUGA